CAAAAGAAGGCCAUAUUCAGCUUCAGCACACAAAAGAGCCUCUUCUCUGACUCUUUUAUUUUGACCGGAAACUACUUUUGAUUGUCGGUGAAAUGCGAUCGCCUCGAUGCUUCAGAUGAGCUGGUGUGAAAUUCUACACCCAUCCGGCCCAGGGAUCAAAACCCCUCCUAAAGAUUACAGUGGCAUUCGGCGAGGAAUCUCUGCACGGCUGUCUACCGCAUCGCAGCCAUGAGAGGGCUAAGAUCUCUAGCGAUUCCUGUUCUUCUAGCGCUUGCGAUAGCUCCUUAUUCCACCUAUGGACAAGCUUUGCUACCCCCUUCUAUCAAUAUCGCACAAAGCAAGCAAAUCACUGCGACUUCGACAUGUGGUGAAGGACCGGGCGUAGACAAAGAUGGCGAGUUGUUCUGUGAAUUGGCCUCUGUGCCAGGCAAAUUCGGUAUUAAGGGGCAAAAAUGUGAUCGAUGUGUUCCCAGUAAUAGUCUGAAAGAUCAUUCCAUACAGUAUGCUAUUGAUGGAACAGAGAAAUUCUGGAUGUCUCCCCCGCUUUCACGUGGGCUGACCUACCAGAAAGUCAACAUUACCAUCAACCUUGGACAGGAGUACCAAGUUGCAUAUGUGAUUGUCAAGACUGGUAAUGCACCACGACCAGGUAUUUGGGCUUUGGAAAGAUCUUUGGAUGGGCGAACAUACACGCCUUGGCAGUACUUUGCAACUUCACCAAGCGAAUGCCAGCAGUACUUUGGAAUCAGUCAUCUUUUGUCAAUCACAAGGGAUGAUUCAGUCAUCUGCACAACUGAGUACUCCAAUAUUCCACCAUUUGAGAAUGGAGAGAUUCAUAUUUCUUUAGUUACUGGUAGACCAGGAGCAACAAACUUCUCGUACAGUUCGGUCUUACAGGAAUGGACAAGAGCAUCUCACAUACGCCUGCGCCUACUGAAGGUCAAGACCCUUCUUGCCGACCUACUGCCUUUGGCCAACAAGGACCCUUCCGUUACAAGACGGUACUAUUACUCCAUCAAGGAUAUAUCAGUUGGCGCUAUCUGCAUGUGCAAUGGUCACGCUGACGUGUGCAUCCAGACAAACACAAGCACCCCAUCUCAACAAGAUUUCAGAUGUAACUGCAGACACAACACUUGUGGUACACGCUGUGAAAAAUGCUGUGAAGGUUUUGUGCAGAAGAAGUGGCGGCCAGGCACCCCUGAUAACCCUAAUGCAUGUGAAGCCUGUAACUGCCAUGGCCACUCAACCAAGUGUUACUAUGAUCCUACAGUCGCGGCUGCCAAGAGAAGUCUGGACCUGAAUGGCAGAUAUGAGGGGGGAGGAGUGUGUGAAGAUUGUCAACACAAUACAGCUGGCAUCAACUGUGAGCGCUGCAAGCAGGGUUACUUCCGUCCUCGGGGUGUUGACAAGACAUCACCUUUUGCAUGCCGCGCAUGUAACUGUGAUCCCCAAUACACCACUGGCCGGUGUUAUGAUGAAAAUGGUGACUGUGAGUGCAAGCCACGCUAUGGUGGUCCAAGGUGUGACAGGUGCCGGGAGGGCUUUUAUGGAUUCCCCAACUGCAGACCUUGUGAUUGUAACCCUGUCGGUACAACCGGCCAAGUCUGUGGUCCAACUGGUAACCGCUGUCCAUGCAAACCCAACUACGGCGGCGCCAAGUGUGACCAGUGUGCUCCCGGUUACUAUGGUUACCCCAACUGCAGACCCUGUAACUGUGAUCGCGUGGGCUCAUUCAGCACAUUCUGCGACGCCGCAUCCGGACAGUGCCAGUGUCGACAGACAUUCCGUGGUCGGCAGUGCAACCAGUGUAACCGAGGCUUCUACAGCUUUCCAGAGUGCAAACCAUGCAAUUGUGACUCAGAAGGGACGGGAAGGGAGAUUUGUGACCCGGUUGAAGGCCGCUGUAUCUGCAACAGAAAUUUCGCGGGCGACCGCUGUGACGUGUGUAAUCAAGGCUUCUACAGAUUCCCAGAAUGCCGAGCGUGCGAGUGUUCUGUCGAAGGUUCCGAGUUUCCCGGAUGUGACGACAAUGGCGUCUGCCGAUGCAAGGACAACUACGUGGGCGUCAAAUGCCGCAACUGUAAACUUGGUUUCUAUGGUUACCCAAGAUGUAUCAAGUGCGGAUGCGACCCGAGAGGCGCUGUCAAUCAAUUCUGUGAUCUGCUCACGGGACAGUGUACUUGUAAGGGGAGCUUCAGGGGGCUUAACUGCAAUCAGUGCCGGACGGGCUUCUACGGGUUCCCGGACUGUAGGGCGUGUCAGUGCAACCCUGCCGGGAUCAAGCCCAUCCCUGGACGCCCCUUGGGAGACUGCUCGUAUUCAAACACUGGUCAAUGUGACUGCAAGGAUAAUGUCCAAGGCCUUGAAUGUUCCGAAUGCAAGCCGGGAUAUUAUAACCUCCGUCCCAGCAACCCUCGCGGGUGUGACGCGUGCCAGUGUGACCCCAAAGGCGUGGUCGCCGGGCUCGCUCACUGUAACCAGGUAACGGGCAAGUGCACGUGCAAGGAAUACGUGACUGGUACUCGCUGUACCACGUGCAAGGUCGGGUUCUACGCGCUGCAAGAGAGGAAGGUGUUCGGAUGCUCAGGUUGCGCUUGUGAUGUUGGCGGCUCUUUUGACCAGAAGUGCGACUCCAUCACCGGCCAGUGCAAGUGCCGCCCCAAUGUACGCGGUCGAGACUGCAGCAGGCCGUCCCAGAACCACUACUUCCCAGGCCUCCUCGCCAUACGUGCCGAAAUGGAGGACGGCUGUGUACCAGGCCCCUCGCAAUCCAUCGGCGGCGAUAUCCCAGGCCUCCAGCACAGCCCACCACAGGGUGACCAAGCAGAGGAAUGUAACCCUGCUAGGUUUGGAUUUGACGAGAAAGCCUUUCCUGAAUUCUCCUGGCGCGGGUAUGCCGAGAUGACCGAUUUGCAGAAUACCCUCAAGGUGAAGCUGGACAUCCCGUACACGGGUCGAUAUCACGUGGUCUUCCAUUACGUGCUUGAGAACGACAAACCCGUGAGGGGAGAGGUGGAGCUGAGCCCGCGCACAGGCGGUGUCAAGCAGAGCAGCGUGGUAGAGUUUGAGCCCACGAAGCUUGGGGCCGUGCUUACAGAUGGAUUCACCACCGCCGGGGAGGGUGACAGGCCCACUCAGUUCAUGCUGACCAAGGGAGUCUGGGACCUGACUUUUAAGGCGCCUACUUCCAAGCUGCGUCUGGAUUACGUGUCAGCGGUUCCUCAGCAGUACUACGAAGCAUACAUUCUCCAGCGCAAAGUUACCAACCCGUGUGUGGUGAACGGCUUUGGAACCCUGUGUACGCAGUACUCCUACAUGAACGCCAUUCGGCCGGAGUUCCCCAAGGUGGAGCUUGAGACUGGGUACAUCAUAACGAGGCAGGGACGGCAGCAGACCCAAGUAUUCAACGACAAGGAAGUUCUCAAGCAGCUGGACUUCAGUGCUAUGGCCUUGCUUGAUAGCACACAGACUCGUGUGACGGAGGACGUGACGUUCCCUCGCCCUGGGAACUACUUCCUCGUUAUGCAGUACUACCACCCGUCCGACCGCGCGGAGAAACUCGACGUCUAUCUACGUUCACGAAACAGCCAGCAAAAGGGAACUUUCAACCUUAACGCGUGCAAUUACAGGUUUGGCUGUCGUCAAGUAGCGCUGGACGACCAGCGCAGGCUCAAGAUCUUCCGUGCUCAGAGCCGUGAACGACGCGUGGUUACUCUGCUCAUAAGGCCUGGCACCACCGUUGCUGUGGACUCAAUCACAGCUAUUCCGGUUGAUCAGUGGAAUCUUGACUACGUCAUCCCCAAACCACUAUGCACAACCAAGAACAACAAGUGCAUCUCUACCUCAUACCCACUCCCCAAGGGCGCGGUCCAGUUUGAUGUGGCGUCUGACGGCAGUCCGCUCCCACCGAAUAUUCUGGACCCCAGUGCCACGCUCAGAUACUUGGAGGGACAGACCACGUAUGACAUCGUUGGUCGGGUCCCUGAGGUGGGUCGAUACGCUAUCCUCCUGCACCACUACCAGCCCAAGCACACGUCCUUCGAGGCUCGCACCACGGUCACAAGCGAGCAGGCGAUCCCCGGCACAGUGCACCUCGGCUACUGCCCUAGCGUGGUCGGGUGCCGCGCCCUGCUCAUGAACAGGGACGGGACGAACUUCUUCGACAUCGGACGCCUGUCUGCUGCCGUGCAGCUUGGUAUACCUCAGGGGUCUUCGGCUUGGAUCGAUUACGCUCUCCUCGUUCCCGAAGACAGAUUCUCCGAAGAACUUCUCGGCCCUAACCCGGUAUCGUAUGCCAAGGACUUCAUCGCCGACUGCGGAAAAGAUGAGUUCUACAUCAAACCUACCAACAAAGGCGCAUGCGCCAAGUCCGUCUUCUCACUCUCUACCGAGUUCAACAACAGGACGCUUCCAUGUGAGUGUGACACCAAAGGCGCUCUGAGCGACGAAUGCCAGGAAUUUGGCGGUCAGUGCCAGUGCAGGCCUUAUGUGAUUGGCCGGCAGUGUAACCGAUGCAAGACAGGCUACUACGGCUUCCCGAACUGCAAAAAGUGUCAGUGCGUGUUCUGUAACGAGGAGACCGGAGCGUGUGACUGCCCGCCCAACACAGUCGGCCUCAACUGCGAACUCUGCCUUAAGGGCACCUUUGGCUAUAACCCCAUCCUCGGAUGUCAGGAUUGUAAGUGCGACAGGUUUGGUGUGGCCGGCGGGAACAUCGCGUGCAAUCCGAAAACCGGACAGUGCCCCUGUAAGCCGUCCCAUACCGGACGCCGGUGCGACCAGUGCGCUGUGGGUUACCAUGGAUACCCGUACUGUCAGCAGUGUGACUGUGACGCCCGGGGUGUGAAUGGGAGCGUGUGUGACUCCACGGGGCGGUGUCUGUGUAAGGCUGGCGUGACUGGUAUUCGCUGUGAUACCUGCGCUGCCGGGUACUUCAAUCUGGACAACACCAACCCUUCGGGCUGUACCCAGUGCUGGUGCUCAGGGCUGUCCGACAAGUGCACGUCAUCGAACUUGCAAAGACUCCGUAUCCGUGAAAUGGAGGGCUGGACGAUUGAGAACACACCUGCGAGUGUCACCAAGACCGGUCUGACGAGCGUGUCUGCCGCCAUCAACGGCGAACGAAUAGACAAGAAGCGGCCGAUCUACUGGGUCGCCCCUGACGCUUACUUGGGCAAACAGAUCAACUCUUAUGGUGGCACGCUCACCUACCUGCUUCGCUACACCGUCCCAGUCGAGGUCGACAAGCCUGUCUUCACCGUCAGACCCGAUAUCGUCAUCGAGGGGAAAAAUGGAGUCAAGCUCGAAUACAAGAAGAAACUUGAGCUGCAACCAGGACGCAUAAAUAAAAUCGAAGCCGUCUUUAUAGAGACUGAGUGGGCCAUCGGUAAUAAGACAGACAUCACACGCGAUGAUUUCAUGACGGCAUUGAUGGACGUCCAGUCCCUCAAGCUUCGUGCUUCCUACAGCACCAGCGUGGCAGAGUCAAGUUUGUCUGACGUCCUGAUGGACUCGGCAGCUGCAGGGCUGACCGGAGAGACGGCCAAGUCCGUGGAGAAGUGCACCUGCCCGCCGCAAGCAGAUGGAGGCUCCUGCGAGUACUGUGGCAAGGGCUUCACGCGCUCUGAUGAUGAAAAGACGUGUAUUCCGUGCAGAUGUAACGGACAUUCGAACGAGUGCGACCCUGAAACCGGAGAAUGCAUAAACUGUCAGGACAAUACCGCAGGUGACAGGUGUCAAUUCUGUGUAAAGGGUUUCUAUGGAAACGCCACCAUAGGAAAGCCAGGAGAUUGCCAGCUUUGCAAGUGUCCUCUAGGAACGUCAUCUAACAGCUUCGCAUCUGAGUGCAACGUCAGGGGUGACGGAUCGCUUGAAUGUCUUUGUCGGGAGGGCUACACAGGCGACCAGUGCGAGCAGUGUGCUGAUGGUUACUAUGGCGACCCGAGUGUCCCAGGAGACUAUUGCAAGAAGUGUGACUGCAAUGGCAACAUAGACCCGGAUGUCCCCGGUAGCUGCAACCCUUUCACUGGUGUUUGCAACCGCUGUACGAACAAGGCCGCGGGAGACCGCUGCGAACGCUGCCGAGAUGGUUACUAUGGCGACGCAGUGGUUGCAAAGAACUGCGCCAAGUGCGAGUGCAGUGCGUGCGGGGCAGUGACGUCGGUCUGUAACCAUACCAACGGGGCGUGUCAGUGCAAGGCAAACGUCAUCGGGCCUAACUGUAGCACGUGCAAGCCCAACACAUGGAACUUCAACAGCUGCCUUGGUUGCGAGGACUGCGAGUGCGCUGAGGCGUCUCUGGGGCAAUCAUGUAACGUACGAACAGGGCAAUGCUUGUGCAAACCAGGAGCUACCGGACGCCGAUGUGAAAGGUGCAAAGCCGGAUUCUGGAACUACAAGAACACUGGCUGUCAAGCAUGUAAUUGCCCUGGCGGUCCCGAGAAUUUGUGGGGUUUCUGUGACGUCAACACUGGCCAGUGCUGCAAGCCAGGCGGGAACUGCACCAUCUGCCCAUUCAAUCACAUCCUGACUGAACAAGGUUGCGAGUACUGCGGAGAAUGCGUGGGGCGCCUGCUCAAGACUGCCGAAGGACUGGACAGUAACAUCACACGUGUGCUAGAGAACCUACGCAAGGGCGCGGCCGGAAUCCUCGCCGAGGGACGCUUCAGGGAUAUUAAUAGUACUUUACAGAAGCUCAUUCCUCCCACCAACAAGUACAGCUCUACCAUGAUGUCCCUCUCCCAGCUCGUCGGCGUAUCUGUAGUCAACACAACAGCUGUUCCACGUGCUAUCGCCCGCUAUCCUUUAGACCAGCAGUCAUCAGGACGCGACACAAGCGGCAAUAGCAAACCAGCCGCAAUGUUUAAUGACGUCACGACUGUCGGAGGUCCGCCCGGGAUGCGUGGAGCCACGGGCUUAAAAGGAAACGCACAAAGUUUUAUCAAACUCACAAAUAACGGCAACCUGGACACUAAAAGAUCUUCGUCUAUCCUGGUCUGGGUGAAACAUGGCGGCCAAAUGGGUCCGAUCCUGGGAUACCAGGGCGUGGCUAACAAGGUGCACCUGUGGCUGGGAGAGAAGGGGGAGUUCCUUGUCCGUUUCACUGAGCGCACCGGGGGUUUGUCACCCGCGCAGACAAGCGUAACCACCCCUCCUGAUGCCUGGCACCACGUGGCCGCCGUCUACGACUACUCCACGGGUAUGGCCAAGCUUUGGGUGAACGGUGCCGUCGGAGCCUCGGCUGAUGUUGGCAUCAAGGAGCUGGCCACAAACUCGGACGAAGUUUACAUGGGCGCACAGCCGGACGUGGCCGAAUACUUUAAAGGCGCCGUCGCGUGCUUACAGUUGUUCGAUGAAGCACUAAACGGGAAGCAGAUAGAGGCGCUGAAAACCGCUUGUCAGCCAGGAUCUGACAUUGGGAUAUCUAGCGGUAAGACGUUAAUAGCACGCGCUGGCGAAAAUGAAGGCAAUGCUGAGGUGAUGGGUAAGACCGCGGACGAGUUGAAGGAAAAGGCUACCAAGGCCGCACAAAACGCGACAGAGAGCAAAACAAAGGCGUUGAAACUGGAAGAGGACAUUAGGAAUGCUCUUAACAAGACCCGAGAAAUUGUCGACAUGGCCGCUCGAGUGGCGAACACGCUCAAGUCUGGUACGGCAAACCAGAGCAUGCUGCUAGAAGAAGCCGAAAAGAUCUUGAAAGAGUUACAAAACCGAGACUUCAGCGCGCUGAACGAUACUGUAAACAUGGAGAUGAAGACCAUCCGGGGUAUGCAGAGCCUUGCUACCAUGCUUCUAAACGAGAGCCUGGGGCUAAUGGAUCAAGCAAAGCGAGCCCGCGAGAUGCUGGAGAUGCUUCGCGGUACCUUUAGCGGUCUGCUUCAAAAGAGCGUGGACAUUCUGGGUGAUGCCAUGAUGGCGGAUAAGUGGAAUAACAAAAGCCGAAUGUAUGAUUCGCAGACCCCGAUCAUGCGCGCUAUGAUGCAGAAGGAGAAGAUGCAGAAAGCAAUUAACAUGGCAGAGGAUCUUGUCAUGCAGGCUAUGAAUAAACUAACAAACGCUUCUAACGAUUACAAGAGGUUCAAUGGCAGCUUCGGUCGCCUUGAUGACCUUAUCAAGCAAGUCUACGACCGCUUUGCCAACCUGACGAGUGCUAUCGAUAGCUUGAAACCGCUGGCCAGUCGCGCCGGUAAUCACUCUAAGGUGCUAAGUGACCAGGCCAAGCAACUGGAAGAUCUGCUACGCAACACUUCACGAUUCGCGGACAAGGCUCUAAACGCAUCACGCGCGUUCAGCAACAUCGCGAAAAAGCUCAACGACGCGCUCGAAAUCGCGAGAGAGGCGGACGGUGUUGCUACUGAGGCACAGAAAAAGGCAAAGACGGUCGGCGAGCGUGCGAAGGUGUCUCUUGACGAGAGCAAGAAACUCGUGAAUGAAUCAGAGGCGACGAAAGAGAAGGUUGACAAAGAUCUUCAGGGCCUAUUGGACAGCAUCAAGGAUAGGAUCGCUAAGUUGAGGAAGAAGAUCAUGGACGUAACAGACGAUCUCGGCAAUGUUAACGACACGUUCAAGAUGAUUGAUGACUAUGGGGAUAUGGGGGAGAAGGCUAAAGCAGCAGAGAAGAACGCAACCCAGUCCCAUGCUAUGGCUGACGACGCUUACAUGAUCGCCAAGAUGAUCGAGGAUCAAUUUCCCGCGCUGAGCGACCUCAAGUCGUCCAUAGAUGCGACCAACCGCAACAUUACCGCGGCAGAACGUGAGAUCGAAGACGCAGUAAACAAGUCAAUGGCUGCCAAGGAGCGCAUCGAAAUCAUUCGUAUCAACCAGACACGCAUUCAGAACGACCUGAAGACCGAGGUCCUUGACGUCAUCGAGGAGAUCCAGUUUAUGCUGUACAUGCUGAAGGAGUCACGUGAGAUGCUCAAGCAGAUGAACGUUGUCAUGGAGAUGAACAACACCAUCACGAUGCCUGUGCCUCCGCCUCAGCUGCGCGAACCGACGCUGUACGAGAACGUCGAGAUGUUCAUUAAACCGCGCGUCUCUGAUGCCUUACUGCUCUAUUAUGGACCGACUUCCUCUAGUUUGCGCAAGCGCAGACAGUCUCAGUGUGCGCUCGGGGAUUUCAUCGCGCUGCAGCUCAAGGGAGGAAAGGUGCGUUUCAGCAUGUGCGUGUCCAACCAGCUUCACUCAGUCACAAGCAGUUACGUGAUCAAGCCUAUUGUCGCCGGCACCACUUCCACGACGAUCGUUGCGGACACGUCAUUACCUAUGGUGGACCCCUGGUACAAGAUCCACGCAACUAUUAUUGGGGGCAGUGUGGAGCUCAUCAUCGAGUACUACUACAGCAACAAAGUUCCCAUUGACGGGCCGUACAAAACCGACCUCAAGCUUAGUGUGCCCAACCCGACGCUGAUGUUCAACAAGGACAGUCACAUGAUCCUUGGAGGGAAGCCUGAUGGAGUCACACUUCCACCGGAAAUAGAUACCCCCAGCUACGUGGGAUCCAUUGACAGCCUUUCAAUCAAUCAUUAUCGUGUAGGACUGUGGAACGCUGAGAACUUGAUCAGACCCCAGAUGUUCUAUGACCGUCUUGCAUUCCGCGAGCCGUCGGGAGCUCCAACACGGUACCGCCUGCUCGGCAACGGCUACCUCGUGAGCGAGCGGCCCACGGGGGAUGUCACCGUUAGCUUCAGCUUCUCCGUCAAGACUGUUCAGGCCAACGCUCUUCUGUUGCUCGCUGUGGAUGCCAACGAUCCCUCCUACUUCACGCUUGUGGAACUCGUCAACGGGACCAUUAAGUACUCGUACAAUCUGGGGCUCGGCAUCGGAUUCGUCCAGACAAAGGGGAGAUACAACGACGGGCGGUUCCACAAGGUGGUGAAGGAGCAGGCCCCUGAUAACGCCGAUUUGUUCAGCUUUAAAAUAGUUGAGCCGUUCAUUAAUGGCAAGGAGGAGGAGGUAGUCACCGAUGGUAAGGAGUAUUAUGAAGGCGAGGAAGCCACACAGAUUGUCGGUGCUGAAGCUGUUUACAUGGGCGGUCUGAAGUUCGGUGGACUCAAGCCAAAGGGAAUGGAGAAUGUGAAAUUCCCCAAGCUCAGGGGAUGCUUCCAGGACCCUGUUCUCUUCAGGAGUGGUCUUAGUGUGUCUGCUGAGUCCAUAGGAUACGAGCGAGGAUGCCCAGCUCUGAAGCAGCGCAUUGUUACCAUUGAGCAGCCUCUGGGAUACCUGUCAAUGGACAACUUGUACGACAUGAGGGAACGGGCCUUCUGGCUCAGUUUCUCCUUCCGUGCCAAGGAACCAAGCGGCGUCCUCAUCACACAGGAGCACGAUAGUAACGAUGACUUCCUGACGAUCGGCCUGUUGAAUGGCAAGGUCCGGUUCCGCUGUGACUCAGGCAAUUCUCCCCUGGAUCUGGAGACGUCAGGUGUGCAAUACAACGACGGCAAAUGGCAUCACGUGCACCUGGACAAAAACGGCCUCGACAUCACGUUCAGCGUGGACCAAGAAGUGAAGAAAGGACGACUGGUGGCGAAUCAGCGCAUACAGACUACGUCCGACCUGUUUAUUGGAGGGGUCCCAAGAAAACCAGGCUACGGAAUGAACCCCAGCGUCUUCACGGGCGACAUGGGCCGAAGCAUCACGGGAGGAUCCAUCCGGGACCUGUCGUUCAUGGGAAAUCUCCUUGACUUGCUCAAUAACAAAAAAGCGGUGGGCGUGUCAUUCGAAGAAGACGACUACCCCGAGAUCAAACCACGUGACUUCAUCAUCCUGAAGCCGCCAACGGACGCCCCCACAGUCAAGAAGACCACACUGUCCGGCGGUGACAUUGCUGUUUCACCGACUGCUGGCAUGACAACGAAAGCCCCCAUGACGGAUGGUCCCCCGGUAACGACGGCCCCAGCGAAAACAGAUGCCCCCAUGACAACUGCUGUUCCCAUGACAACUGAUGUUCCCAUGACAACCGAUGUUCCCAUGACAACCGAUGUUCCCAUGACAACUGCCCCUCCAAUGACAACUGCUGUUCCCAUGACGACCUUGGCGCCAACCACCAAGUCCAUGUGUGCAACAGGGAGCCCAAAUCCUCGAGACGACGAGGUUUUCAGUUUUGGAUCGUCGCAGAACAGCCACGCCACGUUUAAGAAUAUUCGACAGAACCCUGUGAUGAAGCGCCUAUCCGGCAGAGAGACGGAUCUCACUUUGAUGUUCCGCGCUGCAAACCCAGACGGUAUAAUGUUCUACUCCGCCAAGGGCGACCGACAGGCCGACUUCAUGGCCUGUUACCUCACUAACGGCAAAGUCAAGUGUAGCCUUAGCAACGGCGAGGGGACUGUUGAUCUCAUCACCUCCGGACCCUACAACGACGCCCAGUGGCACACGCUUUCGUUGAAACGCGUCGCCAAAGAGAGCAAGAUGUCUAUAGACGGCACGCUUCAAGCAGCUGGGAAUGCCAGCGGGAGUGCCACGAUGAUUGACGGCCUGCAAGAGUUCUACUUAGGGGGGGUCCCUGCGUCAUACACCGUCAAACGUAUUACCGAAAAGGAAUCCAUCACUUCUUUCCCAGGAUGCAUCAAGGACCUGGUCGUGUUCGGUAAACCCUCAGGUCCCCCCACCGAUAAAGUAGACGUCGUCGGCUGCUACACAGGGGGAGAGGAGAGAGGAGUGUUUUUCGGUGAAGCAGGAGGUCACAUGACGCUAGUGGAGCGCUACGUGGUGGGCGUGGAAGCGAACAUCAUGCUAGAGAUCAAACCACGUGUGGCCACCGCCCUUGUCUUCUCAGCGUAUAAUGAGAAGGGUGACUUUGUCGUUCUUGAACUUGACAACGGCGCGCUCGUGUUCCGAGUCGAGAAUGGUAACGGCCCGUUUGAAGUGCGUUACACACCCAGUAACAGCAUGGAGUUGUGUGACGGGAAAUGGCACCGCGUCAACCUCAACAAGAUUCGUAACACCGCGUCUAUCCAAGUUGAUGGCAACGACCCGGUGGAGGUGAAGAGCCCAGGCAGUCUCGGGAACACCAAUCUUUACGACCCUCUGUACGUAGGAGGUAUCCCAGAUGGUGGCUCUCACAAAGGUCUAAAAAUAACAGCAACUUACCAUGGCUGCAUCCGGGGAUUCGUAUCCAGCGAAACGAAAUACCCCGUAUAUCAACCAGUGGACAAAUCGGGCGACGUGUACAUCGGCGGAUGUCCAGUAUAAAAUACCCCAUCUUUUCCUAACCGCUUAGCAUACUUAUGUAUUGUGAUUUUAGAACGGCAAUAAUGUAGAAUUAAUCUAUUUGAUUAAACAAAUAAAGUCAAGUUACGCUUUUAA